UUGAGGGUCCCUUCCUCUUGGUUUUUCAAGUGUCAUUUCAUUUCAAAGGCAUAUUUCAGAGCCAUUGUUCUGCUGCGUUAAUCUCAGGGUUGUGCAUUAGGGUUCAGGGUAGGGAUCGAGCUUUUCGCGGAGUUCUGUCUAAAGCUCCAAGCUUUAAGGGUUCUCCGGAGUCCAAUUGAAACAGGUUUCUUCCCAAUUUGUUGAUGCCUCGUUACAUUGGUCGAUUUCCGAAACUCGAUCUCUCCCUCCUCAUUCAGGUCCGAUUCUUCGUAUUCUCGUCAUACAUGCACGCUUCUGUUGCCUAAUGCAUAGCCCUUUUUGUUUUUGUUGAAUGGGGGUUUCGUUUCGAAAUUUGGUCGUUUAAGGAGACAAGGUGGUUGUUGUUGUUGUUGUUGUAUUUUUGAAGAUGAAAAGAACGAAAACUGAUCCUCCCAACUCGCGGAGGUUUAGAUUGUCUCAUUUUUUGUUUGGCAUUGGGGUGUUGUACUUGUUGUUUGUGUCGUGUAAAUUUCCACAGUUUCUAAGGAUUUUAUCAACGUUGAGCGGGGAUGAGAGUGAUGAUAGGUUGGAGGGUGCAGCUGUUGGGGACUCUGAAGAUUCAGAUUUAAGCAAGUCUUUUGUGAGUUCUGUUUAUAAGGAUGCAUUUCACAGGAGAUUGGAGGAUAAUGUGGACCAGGGUGCCCCAUUGAGGCCAAAUGAGGAGCCAACCAAGGACGGAGAGCGUCUUCCCGAAUCGCCGAAACAGAUUCGGUCAGGGUAUGGUAGGAUAACUGAGAAGAUAAUGCAGGAAUAUAAGAGGACCAAUGCUUUAUCUGUGCUUGAGAGGAUGGCGGAUGAGGCGUGGAUAUUGGGGUUGAAGGCUUGGAGAGAAGUAGAUAAGGUUGAUGAGAAGGAGUCGGUGGAAAGCUCUGUCCUCGAUGGAAAGCCCGAGUCGUGUCCUUCUUGGGUAUCAAUGAAUGGGGAAGAGUUGAUUAAAGGAGACAAUUUGAUGUUUCUUCCCUGUGGGCUUGCAGCUGGUUCGUCCAUCACUGUGGUGGGGACGCCCCAUUAUGCUCACAAGGAGUAUGUUACCCAGCUUUCCAAGGCAAAGAAAGGUGGAGGAUUGGUUUCAGUUUCACAGUUCAUGGUUGAGUUGCAAGGGCUGAAGUCAGUUGAUGGGGAGGAUCCUCCAAAGAUCCUUCACUUGAAUCCUCGAAUAAGGGGAGAUUGGAGCAAACGGCCAGUAAUUGAGCAUAAUACCUGUUACCGAAUGCACUGGGGAACCUCUCAAAGAUGUGAUGGUCUGCCAUCUGGGGAUGAAGAAGAAAUGCUUGUUGAUGGAUACAGACGGUGUGAGAAAUGGAUGCGCAAUGACAUUACAGACUCUAAAGAGUCCAAGACAACAUCAUGGUUUAAGAGAUUUAUAGGGCGUGAGCAGAAGCCAGAAAUGACCUGGCCAUUUCCUUUAAUAGAGGGCAGAAUGUUUGUUCUAACACUGCGAGCUGGUGUUGAUGGAUACCAUAUUAAUAUUGGGGGUCGCCAUGUAACUUCAUUCCCAUAUCGAACUGGAUUUACACUAGAGGAUGCUACAGGAUUGGCAGUUAAAGGGGAUGUGGAUGUUCAUUCAAUUUAUGCUACAUCUCUUCCCACUUCCCAUCCAAGUUUCUCACCUCAAAGAGUGCUGGAAAUGUCAGAGACCUGGAAAGCCAGACCUUUACCAAAACAUCCUGUUAAACUUUUUAUUGGAGUUCUUUCAGCUUCAAAUCACUUUGCAGAACGUAUGGCAGUUAGAAAGACAUGGCUGCAAUCAGCUGCAAUCAAGUCUUCAGAUGUAGUAGUACGAUUCUUUGUUGCACUGAAUCCAAGGAAGGAAGUAAAUGCAGUGCUGAAAAAGGAGGCUGCUUACUUUGGUGAUAUUGUCAUUUUGCCCUUUAUGGACCGCUACGAGCUUGUUGUGCUUAAAACUGUGGCCAUUUGUGAGUUUGGGAUUCAGAAUGUGACUGCAGCAUAUGUUAUGAAAUGCGAUGAUGAUACAUUUGUUAGGGUGGAUACUGUCUUGAAGGAAAUUGAGAAGGCACCCCAGGGAAAGUCCCUUUACAUGGGCAAUCUCAAUCUCUUGCAUCGGCCUCUGAGAAAUGGCAAAUGGGCAGUCACUUAUGAGGAGUGGCCAGAAGAAGUAUAUCCUCCUUAUGCAAAUGGGCCAGCGUAUGUAAUUUCCAGUGAUGUUGUUACUUUCAUCUUAUCUCAACACAAGGAUAGGAGACUAAGGCUGUUUAAAAUGGAGGAUGUAAGCAUGGGAAUGUGGGUUGAGCGAUAUAACAAUACUGUGGCGGCCGUCCAGUACUCUCAUAGUUGGAAGUUUUGUCAGUAUGGAUGCAUGGAGGGCUACUUCACUGCACAUUACCAAUCACCAAGGCAGAUGAUCUGUCUGUGGGACAAAUUGUCCAGAGGUCGAGCCGGUUGCUGCAACUUCAGAUGAUCACACGAACGGCUUUGACUUGUCCCUGUAUCUUUGUAUUCUUUAUACCCUUGUGCUGAUCUUAGUCCAACUAGGUUAAUAUUUGGAAAAAAACUACGAUGACAAGAAAAGGUAUUACAAAUUCAAUUUGCAAGAAAUGGAAUUUUGUACCAAUGUUCCCAAGAGAGGGAAAAAAAAAAGAAGAAAGAACUGAGCUGAAGCAUAAUACAUCAUACACUAGUUGGGCUGGGGGAGGGGGGAAGGGUGAGAUCACAAUAGUUUUAGACAACGAUUUGGUACUUGUGCAUACUUCUUUUGGCCGAGGGUUAAAUUUUGUUGGUAUUUUCUUGGUUCAUGUCUAAUGCCCCUCCCAGGAACUCUAAGGUCAUUCACUUAGGUGUUGGUGCUAUUGAACAGCUUGAUUCCUCUUGCUGUCAACUGCAUUGUACAUUUUUCUUAUUAGCAAAGUUUAGGGGAGGGGAGGAGAGAGAACCUCAUUUCAUGGCCAAGGUAUGCUUUAUUGAGGCUGAUAGCAAUGAAUGAAAGUAUAGUAGUAAAAUUUGUACCUAAUACCACGUCUUAAAAGCUGAAUCUUACUGACUCAUUAGCUGGACUGUUAUAUAACCUGUGUAUUAGGGUUUAAUUUUAAAUAAUGCUGAUGUAUUUCUUUAAGUUAUCA